AUGGAAGUUUUAACUCCUGCUGAAAAGUUUAAGUUAGUAUUAGAUUUAAUCACAAAGAUUCCCGAGUUUGAUGGGAAUAGUAAAAAUUUAGUUGAUUUCCUGGACAGGGUAGAUUGUAUUAUUCAUACUGUUGAGUCAUUUGAAGAAUCCGCAAAAGUAAUUCUUGUUGGGUAUGUUAAAGAUAAAAUUACAGGCAAAGCUAGGUGCCAAUUGCAAAGACAUGGCAGACUUACAACUUGGGCUGAAAUUAAGGAAGUUUUAAAAAACAAUUUUGGCGAACGAAUGUCAAUCGAAAAACUUAUAGAUAGUAUUCGCACAGCAAGAGUUUCUACAACAAUUGAGGAUUAUUAUAACAAAAUUAAUAUUUUAUUAAGUAGGAUAUAUAGCGUUUACCUGUUAGCAAAUAAUGCAAAUGAAAUGACUCAAACGAUUGAGUCUAAUCAGAGGAUUGCACUUCAAGCGUUUAAAUAUAAUCUUCCAGAGCCAACAAAAUCUAUAAUUCUUAGUAGAAACCCAAAUUCAUUGCGUGACGCAUUUAAAAUAAUACAGGAACUUAACCACCAACGACUUGGUCCUAGCACGGGUCGCAAUGAUGUAGGUAGUAGUUAUAAUAAUUCUAGGUCGAACUAUAACUCAUUUUCACGGAAUAACAAUUCUUCUCGAGGUCAUAAGCAUAACAGACAAUACAAUAACUAUAACUAUGGUGGCUCAUCUGGUUCAAAUUAUUCUUCUACUAACCAAAAUAAUAAUGGUAGUCAGAAUGGAAAUUCACGUUCAAAUCAAAAUAAUAAUUUUAAUCAGAGUGGACAAUCACGUCGAAGCUUCAAUAAUAAUACCAGUGGCCAAUCUCGUCAAGUCAACAACAAUGCAAAUAGUAAUCAAUCUCGAAACACAAACAGAAAUAGGCAGGCCGAUAACCAUGAGCAAAUGGAUAUUUCGCUUAAUGAACAGGGUGAUACUGAAAAUGGCCGUUCUGGAAAUAAUAAUCAGAAUUUUCAAAGGGGUCGAAGAAACAAUUACCCUAUAUAG